CUCUGUGCAGUGCAGAGUACUGCGCAUACAACUCUGUAAGCUACGCGCUCUGAUCAGUGGCACUCCGCUCUCCACACAGGGCUUAAUGACAUUACCAGCGGUUUAUAGAGUCGUGCUUACACCUGAUAUGCUGCUUUUCUUUAACCAACUCUGGACUGUGUACACAGUGGUAGACUUUUAGACCAGUUGGCUUUGGAUAUAAGCUGUGGAGCGUUGGAGAAUAAAGGAGAGGAAGGAGUGCGUUCUCCCACCGAAGUGUUUUUUUUGUGCUACGCGUCCACACGUGGCUGCUUACAGCAGGGCUUUAAAGUACAGCCGCCACCUCACAGAGAUGCUGAAGACAGUGUUUUUUUUUAAGCACUGACGACUUAAAGCGCGAGCAGCCAGGAAAAGGGCUGAACUUUCCGAUUCGGUGAGACUUAAAUAAGCAAACAUCAGCACAAAAAGUAAAGAGCGGAAAGAAGAAAAAAACAGACGCGCAGGGGGCUUGGCCCAAAGAAGUUCAUUACCAUUAACUUACCAACAAACCAAUAUUGGCUGUAUAUUUUUUUCUUUUUAAAAGCGUACCUCAUCAACCACCAAGAUUUCACCCAAAAGCAGACAGGAGGAUCGCCCUGCGCUGACGAGACUGGUCGGCAGGAAGCGGCUAAUAGCGGCUGGAGUGCUUGGAGUCGUCAUGGUGUUAGUGCUGGUGAUUCUGAUCCCAGUUCUGGUUAACUCCGCUGGAACUUCAGCGCACUAUGAGAUGCUGGGAACCUGCAGGAUGGUAUGUGAUCCAUAUGGAACCAAGUCACCGACCGCUACGGCAGACACGGUGCGAGCGGACAACAGCCUCAUGCAGUCUUUACCAACUUUUAUAACAGGUCCGAAAGGAGAACCGGGCCGCCCGGGGAAGGCUGGACCCAGAGGCAUCCCAGGUGAUCAGGGCCCGCCCGGUCCGAUGGGGCCACCCGGGGAGAAGGGGGAACCGGGGAGGCCUGGACUACCGGGGCCACCGGGACCCAAUGCCGCGGCAGGGGCUAUCAGCGCGGCUACGUACAGCACCGUCCCCAAAAUCGCGUUUUACGCAGGCCUUAAAAAACAGCACGAGGGCUACGAGGUGCUGAAAUUCGACGACGUGGUCACUAAUCUGGGGAACCAUUACGACCCCACAACAGGGAAGUUUACCUGCUCCAUACCUGGGAUAUACUUCUUCACUUAUCACGUCCUGAUGCGUGGAGGGGACGGAACCAGCAUGUGGGCAGAUCUCUGCAAAAACAAUCAGGUUCGAGCCAGUGCCAUAGCCCAGGACGCUGACCAGAACUAUGAUUAUGCCAGUAACAGUGCCGUGCUGCAUCUGGAGCCUGGAGACGAGGUCUACAUCAAACUGGACGGGGGCAAAGCCCACGGGGGCAACAACAACAAGUACAGCACCUUCUCUGGAUUCAUCAUCUACGCAGAUUAGCUAACAGACCUAGCCUCAACCCUCAGUCAACCUACAGCCUCACCUCUCAAUCAUACGGAACACCCUCUCCAUGAUCUGUCCUAUAGUAACUAUAGUAACUAUAGGCCCUAGUUACUAAAGUUACUAUAGUGACUAAUACUAUAUUUGAGAGUUGAGGCUAUAGGACCUAGCCUCAACUCUCAGUCCUCCCUACAACCUCAACCCUCAGUCACCUACUUACAGAACACCCUCUCCAUCUAUAUGAUCUAGCCUCAACUUUCAACCCUCAGUCAUCUAAUAUCGCAAGCUCCCCCCAUKCCCCCCCCCCCCCCCCCUCGAUUGGAUGGAAUGCUGUUGAGGGUGGGUGUUUCUCAACGACAGAGUAAUUGAGUUUUGUCCAAUCCUGCUACUGGAUCCAAAACUGCCUGAGGGAACUGCCUGUGUGUAAAGAAAAUUAAAGAGGAUUGAAGAAGAAGAGUUACAGAAGGAAAAUGUCAAAACAUAAAUUGUAAGUCAAACAGAAGUGCUGGCCUUCAUUAUUCUACCACCAAAGCAGUAAACUAGUGUACAUCUUUGUUCGUGUAGCUAUAUAAACGAAGCCUAAUCGUGUGAUGAUGAGAGUUUUUAUGAACACAGAACCAGAUGAUUGUUUGCAAUAACCCACAUAAACAAACCAUAAUUGUCCUUGCUGUGCGUGACGUGUUAAAACCUAAGGCAAUACAAUACUUUCUGAGGGUUGCCAAGCAACUCGGAUGCUUACAUGUUGGAGAAAGGUUGGUUGUGUUGUAGGGUUGUAGGGAGAGGGGGGACGAUGACAUCAUCUUAAAUCUGGUUUCAGUUCAUGGUCGGGAAUGGACUGUGUAUAUGGUGAAGUCCCUACUAGCUCUAUAAAUAGUCAUUCCUUUCCCUUAUUAAUUAAGUAGACUUUAAGGCCUUAUAAAAAAUACCUUCAACAUCAUAUUUAAAGGGAUAGUUCCUUUAUGGCAGAGCUGCUCUCUUAUGGUUAUAGCAGACACAGCCUUUUUGUUUACAAAAGGUAGACAUGGUUUCUACACAUUUUUAGAAAAAAAGGUGCUAUCUAGAUCCUAAAAGAGUUAUUUGACUGUCCCAAUAGGAGAACCCUU